AUUAAAGGCCAUGGAUUAUAACAUUAGCAGAUUGUGUCGGGUUUGUUUGGAGGAAGGUGUGUUUACGUCUAUCUUCAGCACGGAUCUGGUGGCCAUGGCCCCUGCGGAUAUGCUGGUCAUGUGUGCCAAUAUUAAGGUAUCCAAAAACGAUGGUCUACCGCCGACGAUUUGCAACAAUUGCAUGUACCGGCUGGGAGUCGCCUUCCAUCUGAAGCAACAGUGUGAAAAUUCGGAUAUGAGACUGAGACAGUACAUUGGGCUGAUGACCGGAGUGUACAGUAAUUCCAUGGACAAAGAAACCAUGACGGAUGAUACAUGGCUGCUGACUGCAAAGAAAGCGGAGGAUUCCGAGCGAAAAGUUACAAAAAAGAAAUCCAGUAGAAGCAGAUACAAACCCAAGCCACCGGAGGACCGUAAGAAGCGAGGUCCCAAGCCAACACCAAAGCUUCCACAAACCUGCUACCAGUGUCAUAAGACGUUCAAAUGUGCCGCUCAACUACAGAUGCACUUGAGGACGCACAGUGGAGAGAAGCCGUUUGCUUGCAGUUAUUGCACCAGACGAUUUGCUCAGAAGCACAAUCUGUCGAUACAUCUAAGGACGCAUACCGGUGAAAAGCCGUACCAGUGCGAGAUUUGCAGCAAGCAAUUUUCCGCCCUCGGGAACUUCCAGGCCCACAAGAAAAUCCACUCCAACCAGCGGGACCACGUCUGCCCCUCGUGCAACAAAGCUUUCAUCACUUCCGGUGACCUCACCCGGCACAUGGUGUCCCACUCGGGCAUCAAAAGCUACCACUGUGAUAUUUGCGCAAAGAGUUUCAGCCGCAACCGGGAUAUGGUAGCGCACAAGAAGAAGAUCCACCUCAACGAUCGGUCUACCGAAAGUUACAAGUGUAUCGAGUGCCACAAAGUGUUCGCCACGGCGGACAUCCUGAAUCAUCACGCCCGAAUCCACAAUCCGAUGCCACCGACGGUUCCGCUGAUGCCACCGCCCCCGCAAACGCAAAUCCAGCAACCGAUUGCCAUCGCACCCCACCACAGUCUGGGACCAACUCCGCUGGGGGUGGGCCUUGGAAUGUUGCCCCACAGUCAUACGCACACCCACACCCAGGGAGGUUAUCACACCCAAAUGCAUCCGGCACAGCGACUCCAUCCAUACUAAGUGGUGAAAGGCAUUUUCUCAUUUAUUUAUUUUUCGGAUAUUUAUUAAAAGCGUCUACGACAGAUUAAGUUUCAUAACAGA